AUGAUAUACGCAAAUGAGCCCGAGAGAGAAUCACGGAAGAUUGAAGAUGUACCUGUAGUACGAGAUUUUGGAGAUGUGUUUCCGAAGGAUUUACCGGGAAUACCGCCUGAACAGGAAGUAGAGUUCGGAAUCGAAUUGAUUCCGGGCGCAAAACCCGUAGCCAAAGCUCCGUACCGACUCGCGCCGUCGGAAUUACAAGAGUUGAUGUCCCAAAUCCAAGACUUGCUUGAUAAGGGGUUCAUUAGGCCGAGCGUGUCUCCUUGGGGCGCACCGGUGUUGUUCGCACAAUUAGAAGCAGUAAAAGAGGAGAAUUGGAAGAAGGAAAGAAUAAUCGGGCAGUUGAAAGAUUUGACGGAUGGGAAUAACGGGUUGAAGACUAGAUUCGGGAGAAUAUGGGUUCCAAAUACUUGUGGGGUGAAGACACUUUUACUUGAGGAAGCUCAUAAAUCCCGAUAUUCAAUUCAUCCGGGAGUGACCAAAAUAUACAAUGAUUUAAAGCAAAACUAUUGGUGGCCCGGGAUGAAAAGAGAUGUGGUGAAGAAAGUAGAGAAAUGCUUGACAUGUGACGUAGUGGAUCUUACGGAUGGCGGUCGAGCGAAUAAUGAAGAACCGAACACUACAUUUUGA